CCUCUUCCUGUAAGGACAAAAGCAGAUUGGAUUGCAGUCCGCCUACAUGGCCUCAUUUAGCCUCCUGCACCUCUCUGACGGCCCUGUCUUCAAAUAUAGCCACAGUGCAAGGUGCAGCAUGAUGUGUGACAGCUGCUGACCAGGAGCCACAGCCCCAGCCUCUUCUGACCACGCGGGCACGAAGGGAACUCGCCAUGGACUCCAGCAGCACUGAGGGCCAGCUGCAGAGGAUCAUCCGUGACCUGCAAGACGCGGUUACAGAACUGAGCAACGAGUUUAAGGAAGUGGGAGAGCCCAUCACCGAUGACAGCACCAGCUUGCACAAGUUCUCUUACAAACUCGAGUACCUGCUGCAGUUCGACCUGAAGGAGAAAGUCAGCCUCCUGGGCACCAAGAAGGACUACUGGGACUACCUCUGCGCCUGCCUGGCCAAGGCGAAGGGGGCCAACGAUGGGAUACGCUUCGUCAAGUCCAUCUCCGAGCUGCGGACGUCUCUGGGGAAAGGAAGAGCCUUCAUCCGCUACUCCCUGGUGCACCAGAGGCUGGCAGAUACCUUGCAGCAGUGCCUCAUGAACACCAAGGUCACCAGUGACUGGUACUACGCGAGAAGCCCCUUUCUGAAGCUAAAGCUGAGCUCUGACAUCGUGGGCCAGCUCUACGAGCUGACUGAGGUGCAGUUUGACCUGGCAUCGAGGGGCUACGACUUGGAUGCCGCUUGGCCGACAUUUGCCAGGAGGACGCUGGCCCCCGGCUCCUCUGCGUAUGUGUGGAAGGCCCCCAGCCGGAGCUCCAGCAUGAGCAGCUUGGUGAGCAACUACUUGCAGACCCAGGAGAUGGCUUCCAACUUCGACCUAAACAGUCCUUUGAACAGCGAGGCCCUGGAGGGCUUUGACGAGAUGCGGCUAGAGCUGGACCAGCUGGAGGUGCGGGAGAAGCAGCUGCAGGAGCGCGUACAAAAGCUGGAACGGGAGAACCAGGAGCUGCGGGCCGCACUCAGCACACAGCAGGAGCAGCUACAGGUGGAGAGGCAGCAGGGACGCGCUGCAGCAGAGGACCACCACCACCUCGCAGGCCUGGUGGCUGAGCUCCAGAAGCAGUGGGAGGUCACCCGGGCCACACAGGAUACUGUCAGGGAGCUUCAGCUGUGCCUACAGGCCCUGGAGCGAGAUACAGCCAAGGAAGAGGACAGCUCCAUCCUGCAGUGCCUGGAUGCCAUGCUGCAGCCCCUGGCACGAGAGCUCAAGGCUGCCCGGGACUCCCUGGGCGAGAAGAACCAGCUUCUCUCCAGCCUCUCCGACAGGCUAGCCAGGGCUGAGCAGAGGGCAGACACGGCCUUGGACACAAAGGGGCCGCAACAGUCCAUCCUAGCUGACUCGGCCCUGAAGCUCCAGGAGCUGGGGGCGAAGCUCCAAUCGCUGGAAGCGGAGAGCACCAAGGUCCAGGAGCUCAACAGGCAGCAGAGUGCGCAGCUGGCCACCGAGCUGCAGCUGAAGGAGGAGGCCCAAGCUGGCCUGGAGCACCAGGCGCAGGAGAUGGCACAGCUCCGAAAAGAGCUGUCCAGGAAGGGGCAGGAGGCAGCCCAGCUCCAGCAGCAGCUGCAGGAGUCGUUUGCCCACUCAAGCUCACUGGAGGAGCAGCUGGCAGGGCUGAGGAAGGAGGAACAGCUGCAGCGGGAGGAGAAGGAGAUGUUGGUGCAGGAGGCCCGGUCGCUGAGCCGGCAGCUGCAAGUUCUGGAGACUCAGCUGGCACAGAUGAGCCAGCAUGUGGGCGACCUGGAGGAGCAGAAGAAGCAGCUCAUCCAGGACAAGGACCGUCUCAGCCAGAAAGUGGGUGCGCUGGAGCAGCUCGCUGGGCCAGCAGCCCCAGAGUCACCUGUGGCCAGUGAGCGGGGUGAGGCUCCGGCCUCCCCAGUCUCCACCCUACCGGAGGAGGGGCAAGGGGACAGUGCCGAGGUGCCAGCAGGCGAACAGGAGGAGGGCCUCCGCCGGGCCAACCGGGAGCUACAGGGGGAGCUGCAGAGCAUGGCGAGACGCAACCAGACCCUGGAGGGCAAGCUGCAGGCCCUGCAGGCCGACUACCAGGCGCUGCAGCAGCGGGAGGCGGCCAUCCGGGGCUCCCUGGCCUCCCUGGAGACUGAGCAGGCCAGCAUCCGGCAGCUGGGGGAGCAGAUGGAGGCAAGCCUGCUGGCUGUGCAGAAGGCCAAGCAGGCCAUGAAGGCGAAGGUGGCCGAGAAGGACGCUGCUCUGCAGAGCAAGGAAGACGAGUGCCGGCAGCUGCGGGAGGAGGCGGCGCAGUGCCGGCAGGUGGCGGAGUCCCGGGAUGCAGAUCUCAAGGUCCUCGCGAAGGAGUGCCACCGCCAGGCCCAGCUGAUCGAGGCCCUCAAGGCAGAGCAGGGCCAGCGGGAUGGGACCACCCAGCUGGCCCUGGCCCAGGCACAGCUUGCUGUCCACCAAGGAGAGGCCGAGCGGCUGCGGGCCGAGCUGGUAGACCUGCAGGCCAAGCUCCGGGCAGCCCUGGGCGACCAGGACAAGGCACAGAGCCAGCUGAGUGUGGCCGAGGAGAUGCUGAGGGAGCACAAGACACUGGUGCAGCAGCUGCAGGAGCAAAACGAGGCCCUCAACAGGGCCCACGUCCAGGAGCUGCUGCAGUGCUCCGCAGCUCAGGAAGGGCCGCCGCGGGAGGGCGGGGCCUCUGCGGCCCGGCUGAGUGAGCAGGAGCUGCGGGCCCUGCGGCAGGAGCUGGACCAGGCCACACGCAGCUCCGAAGAGGCCCGGCUGGAGCACGCUGAGCUGCGGGAGCAGCUGCACCGGGCCAACACGGACACCGCCGAGCUGGGCAUCCAGGUGUGCGCCCUGACGGCCGAGAAGGAGCGUGUGCAGGGGGAGCUCCGUGACUGCCAAGAGGCCGCUUUCCGUGAGCGAGACGGCCUGGAGCGCCAAGUGGCAGGGCUGCUGGAGGAGAAAGCGAGCCUCCAGGAGAAGCUGACGGCGGCCGAGCAGCAGGCGCAGAGCCUCCAGGAGGCUGAGCACCAGGAGCGCGACACACUCAAGUUCCAGCUGAGUGCCGAGAUCGUGGACCACCAGAGCAGGCUGAAGGCUGCCACCGAAGAGUGCAGGAACCUCAGGGCCCAGCUCAAGCAGCAAGGCCAGCAGCUAUGGGCUGCUGAAGAGGCCAUGGGCAAGCUGAAGGCCACCCAGGCAGACACAGCAGAGAAGCUGAGCUGCGCCAGCCGCCAUCUUUCUGAGUGCCAGGCUGCCAUGGUCCAGAAGGACAAGGAGGGUGCAGGCCUGCGGGAGAGCCUGGAACGGACCCAGAAGGAACUGGAGACUGCCACCGCCCAAGUCCAGCAGUACUGCAACAGACUCCGCCAGGAGGCAAGCGAGCGGGAGCGGAGCGACCAGAAGAUGCUGGCGGACCUGGAUGACCUGAACAGAACCAAGAAGUACCUGGAGGAGCGGCUGAUAGAGCUGCUCAGGGACAAGGACGCGCUGUGGCAGAAGUCCGAUGCCCUGGAGUUCCAGCAGAAGCUCAGCGCUGAGGAGCAGUGGCUCAGGGACCCGGAGGCAACCCACUGCCUGGACUGCAAGCGAGAGUUCAGCUGGAUGGUGCGGCGGCACCACUGCAGGAUAUGUGGCCGCGUCUUCUGCUACUACUGCUGCAACAACUUCGUCCUGACCAAGCCCAGUGGCAGGAAGGAGCGCUGCUGCCAGGCCUGUUUCCAGAAGUUCAGCGAGGGCCCAGGCUCGCCCAGCAGCUCUGACUCGGCCAACAGCCAAGGAGAGCCCAGCCCCAGGCUGUCCCCAGCCCACGCUGGGACCCAGGCCAUAGGAAGCCAAGGAGCUGACUGCAGACAGCCAGACGACGCCAUGUUUGACAUCAUCACGGACGAGGAGUUGUGCCAGAUCCAGGAGUCCAGCUCCUCUUUGCCAGAGAUGCCCACAGAAACCGAUUCUCUGGACCCAAGCGUGGCCGAACAGGACACCACCUCAAACUCGCUGACCCCCGAGGACACUGAGGACACGCCCAUGGGGCAGGACGCUGAAAUCUGCCUGCUGAUGUCCGGGGAGCUGAUGAUCAAGGUGCCCCUGACCGUGGACGAGAUCGCCAGCUUCGGCGAGGGCAGCAGGGAGCUGUUCGUGAGGUCUGGCACCUACAGCCUCAUCCCCAUCACCGUGGCCGAGGCUGGCCUCGCCAUCAGCUGGGUCUUCUCCUCCGACCCCAAGAGCAUCUCGUUCAGUGUGGUCUUCCGGGAGGCGGAGGACACACCGCUGGACCAGUGCAAGGUCCUCAUCCCCACCACCCGGUGCCACUCACACAAGGAGAGCGUCCAGGGCCAGGUGAAGGUGCGCACGCCCGGCAUCUACAUGCUCGUCUUCGACAACACCUUCUCCAGGUUCAUGUCCAAGAAAGUGUUUUACCACUUGACGGUUGAGCGGCCUGUGAUCUAUGAUGGCAGUGACUUCCCCUAGCGCCGGGCACCUGGGCCAUCAGUGUCACCUCAUCCACAGGACACACUACUCUCCUCCCCUGCCACACAAAGCACAAGAGAAACAGAAGCAGCGAGGCUGCCUGCCCCAGCCCCACAGCCCCCGAAUACCACGCUCAGCCCCUGGCUCCUGAGGGUUUCAUGACGUCGCCUCAAGGGAGGCCCAGCCUUCCUCACAGCCGCGGCGCCCUCCAGAGCCCCCACCUCUCCUGCCCACAGGUGCUCGUGGCCCACCUCGCCCUCAGCAGGCCCCCGGUGACCCUGAGCCAGGCGCCCUGGCCGCCUCCCAUCACACACUGUCCCUUAAGUUUGGGGCUGCACCAGCACUUGGCGAUUUGGGGGGCCCCUGAGCGCCCUGUCCUUGUGGGCCUUUGCUCGGGUGACUGUCCUUAGGCAAAGCCCUCACUCAGCCAGGCCUCCUGGAGCUCAGCGGGACCCACCCUGCCAUGCCAGGACCUCCCAGGGCUAGGGGAGCUCAAGGUUCACCUGUGUACCAGGGAGCAGUGCCAGGAGGGAACCACUUUCAAAAACUGGGUGUUCCGAGAAAAUCUUUGGUGACUUAGGAACCAAAAUAGCAGAGGAAACAGGUCAUGAUUUAUUCUUGUCCCUACUCCCCCUGCCAGUCCCCGCUUCCUUCCCUGACAGGAAGCAGACUACCUCCCUGUUCCCUGGGCUCCCACACACACAAGGAGCUCCCGCUUGAUGGCCUCUGUUCCUUGGCAGGCCAAGCCCCUGGUCCACCCACUGUGCAGAGUAUGACAGACCCCGUAGCCCACUGCGGCCAGGGUGGGGGCAGAGCCCUGCCGGGCUGGCUGAGGGUCUCUAUCACUUCCCUGUCCAGCCAGACCCCAGCCCACUGGGCACCCAGCCACAGACCCAACACCGGCAACGAGGCUGAGUGGGUGACAAGUGAGAGGUCAGGGCUUGGAGAGGAGCCAGGCCCUCAUGCCAGCCUUGGCUGCUCAGCACGGGGCAGAAAACUUAGCAGCAUCCAGUGUCCUCACCGCAUGCCGAGUCCUUCAGACCCACCUGCCCUGCUGUACAGGGCCACCGGAACUCAACUGCUCCCCAUGAGACCAGAGCUGCCAGGAGUGCCCAGCGCAGCCCAGAAUCUUCUUUCAGUGCUCAGCUUUCCCAGCAUGCCUUGCGGACCGUGGCCAAGCUGAUGGCCCUUUGCUGACACCACUGCCCACCAGUGUGGCAGGAACCACCUUGCCCUGAGCAGCUGCCGUGUUGGGGUUGCGGGGCGGGGCCUGGGACAUCAUCUGGGUUCCACUCAGCGACUGUCAGCACAGCAGGGACUGAUCACAGGUUCAAAGACCACCUUGCUGUGAUGAAGCCGCCUGGAACUGCUCCCCGAGGACAGCCAGGCCUCUGCCACGUCAGGGCCAGCCCCCCCCAGGCCACCUGGGUGUCUUCCCCAGUGACUUCCUCCUGGCCUCAGCGUGCCCAUUUCUUGUGCUGAGUGGACACUUGUACACUACUAGCUCACUGCUCAGCUCCAGUUUGCAGUGCACUCUGUAGCUCAAGCCCAUCUUGGCCUGUUUAGGGCCGACUUUUACACAUAACUUGCUUCUUACUUUAAACAGUUCCCAACUGUACUGAGGUUUGGAGGUUGGGUCAUUUUUUAAAAAUGCAAAUGACAAUUGAAUCACUGCGAGGGCCAUAGCCCCGGCUACACCAGGAGCCAUAAGCUGGCGUCCUCAGGCCCUGGGCCACUUCCUGCCCCUGAGGCCCCGCUCUCUGAAACACAGCAGCCUGCCAGACACACCUCCACCACCAAGGCAGCGUGGUCCCCGCAAAGCACCACGCCUUGGGACCCUGGACUCCAGCAGCGCGGCAAGCAGGCUGCGUCUAGGAAGCCCCACGGGGCUUGGGCAGCGUCACGUAGAGGUGAAGGAACGCUGCGUCCGGAAUGGAUCAGUUGUCACCUGCAGUGGUGAAGCCGUUCCAGCCAAGGGAAGGAAACACUCCAGGAGGGGUGGGGUCUCAAGUUGAUGGGACGUUUGCCACUAGAACUUUAUAGGAGUUCAUUUUAAAGUCCACCUAGAAUCUGUCAGCCGAGAGCCACUCUUGGUUUGAGGUGGGGAGCAGGGAGCAGCGUCCGCAGCGCUGCGCACAGGGCCAUCUCCUGAGAGACCUCCUGGGCCACACUCCCGGUGGGAGCUCGGGCCGGGGUGCCCCCACCCUUGCAGUCCCUCCGAGGAGCCCCUUCUCCACCAGGAGUGCUUUUGUGAAUGAAGCAGCUCUUUAGAUUGCAGGAAGCAUCUCCGACAGGACGGAGCAAAGCAAGAGAUGGUUUCCUUAGAGCCUCGAAAUCAGCAUGCACUUUACUGCCCCUCACUUCUGUGGCCUUAGGGACGGGCGCCGUGUCUCUUUCCUGCCAAAGAUCCGCCCACCUCAGACACUAGCACCCCACCCUGCACAGUGGGGCCGAGAAUCUUUAUCCCAAAGCCUGCUCCUUAUAGCACCUGCUAAACCAUUUGGAAAUGUUUUUGAACCUCCGGUUUUAAAUAAACACUAUGACAUUUAGGGCAUCAUUGUCUGUCACCCUGUUGAAAGUGACUCGUGGUAAGAGCGACAGAGUCACCCAGACCUGUGUCAGGAAGCAGAGCGUCUUUUCCAGGGCUGGUGAGUCCUUGCCCUGCUCCCCACAGGACACGGGCCUCGCCGGGGCCCCUGUGCGCAGGAGGAGCUGCGGGAUGUGGACAGGCGCUGGUCACAGCCCUGAUGAGCACCGUCCACCGGGGCCUCAGGUCCACCCCUAAACCCAGAGCGACCCAAGGGGCCCGGGGCCCUGCCGGAGGGGUUCCAAGCCCACACCCCAGGACCCCAGGACUCGGCCCUCCCGGGCCUCAUGGGUCCCCGGGGACUCAAGGGCACGCACUGCAGGGUCAGCGCUUUCGGUGUGAAGAUGCGUGGGAAAGACCUCCACUGCCCACACGCAUCUGACGAGGAAGUCGAUGAAACCUGUCACCCAAGAUGAGAAAGCAGGGGUUUUUUUGAGGCCACAGUUGCAACUGAAGCCAUCAAAAGCCAGGGUGAAAGCACUGCGAUACGGAAAGCUGUUCGGAGUGGGUUAGGGUUGGGAGGAAGGGUGGCCUCGCCCCGCCAGCUCCGUGCAGGACAGGAUGGCUGCACCUGCGCACCUCCGGGCUGCUCUGCGGGUACGGCGAGCUCCUGGAGCCCAGAGCCCCUCAGCGAACCAAGGCAGAGGAAGGCUCCGUCUCAGGCCAGCAGCUUCCGCCGAGGGCCGCAGUCGGGGAAGGUGGUUCCUCCCAUCACUGCCCAGCACCCUGCUCAGGCAGAUGCAGAAGGAAGCCGCUCCCCCGGCCUGGACACCCCACUGGACUUGCCCCACUCAGGGGAGGUGCUGUCUCCUCCCCGGCAUGAGAAAGGACAGAGAAGGUAGAGGGUGUGCCAGCAAGGGCUUUCCUGGGAGGCAGGGAGGCCAGACUGCAUCCUAGCUUGGCAGAGGCCGGCUUUGUUGAUGGAGGAAGCGAACCGAGAGGGAACAGCAGAGCUGGUGACUAAAGCCAGUGGCCACAUCCCUGAGAACCAGCAGGUGAAGAGCGCAGGACCUGGAGCCCUGACUGAACAUCACCAGAAGCAGUGGCUGCACAGAAGCCACCGUCGAGACCAGGGCAGCAGCCUCAAGCCCUCACGGGCCUCUGCCCAUGAGUGGGGUCUGUGUGUGGCACCUGACCACAGGUGAGGUCACCUGAAGUGAGGUCUUCGUGACCCCCUUAGGGUCCCCCACAGAACUGUUGGGUGUUCUCAGGAGGUGAUCACACACAACCCCCAGUGGCCCUGUGGAAGGGUCGCGGGAACUCACCCAUCCCACGUGGGGUCUCUGGUUAUCAAACAUCCGGGUACAGUUGGGGAGAACCCAAGACUCACCAUGGCUCCUUUUGUGCCAAGGUCCACCGCUCAUUUAGUGUCCAGAGAACCAAAGCGAGGGGUCACCCGGUGGCCUGAUAGCGCAGGUCCAUGCGGAUCUCCCACACCAGCACCGUUCACCGGGUCUGGUCACUCACCAGUCACAGGGGACCCCGCCGGGGUCCUGGGGGGCACCACUGCAUCUCCACGGCCCGGGCUGGAAUGUGAGCAGUUUCCUCCCACUUCAGUAG